AUGAAACUAAAUAGUUUAUAUUUCAUCUAGUCUUUGAUAUUGUUCAUAUUUUUUAUUCCUUAGACAAUUGGACCUUUUUUCUACUCAAAAAAUGCUUAAGAAUGUUGUGAUUUCUCAUAUGGUUUUAUUAUAUGCUCAGAAGCUUCAGAAAUAUUGAAUUAAUAGUAAUGCAUGACAGAUGGAUGUAUAAGAAAUGUUUCUAUAAAAUAGAUUGUAAAUUUCAAGGAAUCACUAAUAAUGGUGCCUGGUUUGCAAGUGCUUUGUUUUCUUUUUUAUCUUGUAAGAUGCUUCAAGGAAUAAUAGGAGAAAGAAGAAAAAUUUCAGCCGAAAUAAAAAAAUACUCAUUUUAUAUUGUUUUGCUUACAAUAUUUUGCAAUUUAGGGUCUUGUUUUUCAAAAUUUAAACAUUAUGGUAUUAAGUAUGAUGAUGAAACUUUUUUUUAUAUUUGUAACUUAGAUUUAGUAGUGGAGAAUGCAUGGAUGAUGUUUUGGUGGAUAUUUUAAUUAACUAUAAAUGCAUUUGUAUUUUUUUUUGGAAUACGCUAAUAUUAUUAAUUACAAAUAUCCAUAAAGUAAUUAGAAAUAAGACUUCAAGAAAAUUUGACUUCAAUAAAAGCGUUAAAGAUUUAAUCAUUACACUUAAUAAUAAUUUUAUUUUGGACGAUCAAUAUUGGGAUAAAAAUAUUAGAAGAGCAUUUAUUUUAGUUUUAGAUACCAUUCUAGAUUAUAUUAUUUUUUUUUAUGUUUCCAAUUUAACUAUUAGGAUUUUGUUAUGCAGAAUUUUAUUUUUAUAGUUUUCAAGAUCAUUUAAGGCAUAACUUACCUCCUUGUUUUCAAACAUUUUUCAAUAUUUUACUCCAAGUGAAUAUUGUAACUGUAUGUUUAUCUUUUGUAAGAAUUGAUAUUAUUUUGUUAGAGAAAGGAGAUGGAUUAAAAUAAUGAUGAUAGAAAAUCUUCAAUUUAAAGUAAUGAAGCAUCAUUAUUAUAUCAUCAUAAUGAAACAUCAGCAAAUUGA